AUGCCCCUAGAUCAAAUCAGGGCGUUGUUUGAGCGGGGUACGAAAGUGUGCAUGGCCAUCGGGGGAUGGGGCGACACGUCUGGGUUUAGCGCCGGUGCGGUAGAUGAAGAAAGUCGAAAGAGAUAUGCCAAGAAUGUUGCCGAAGCCGUGGACAGAUUGGGAUAUGACUGCGUUGAUGUUGACUGGGAGUACCCCGGUGGCAAUGGACAAGACUAUGGGCAGAUCCCCAACGAGCAGAAGGUUUCCGAAAUCGAGACAUACCCCCUCCUGCUUGCCGAGAUCAAGGCCGCCAUUGGCAGACAUGAGCUUUCCAUAGCUGUUCCAGGAAGAGAGGCCGACAUGAUCGCAUUCACCGCUGAGCAAGUUCCCAAAAUCGACAAGACCGUCGAUUUCAUAAACGUUAUGACCUACGAUUUAAUGAAUCGCCGAGACAACGCGACCAACCACCAUACAUCAGUGGAAGGCUCUUUACAGACCGUCGACAACUAUAUCCAGCGUGGCAUGUCUCCUAGCAAGAUGAAUCUCGGGUUCGCCUUCUUCGCCAAGUAUUUCACUACCAAGCAUGGAGCCCAGUGUCUUGAACCGACCGGCUGCCCUACUGCGGUCCUCGAAUCGGCCGACGGCUCUGAUACCCAUCUGUCUGGGGCGGUUACUUUUGAAAUCGAUAAUUACAAUAGCAAUGCCGCAUUUGCCAAUGCCUUGAAAAAUGGCAAGCAGGACUCUGCAAGGGGUGGACAGUGGUUCUGGGACGCGUCUACCGAGAUAUACUGGACUUGGGACACACCCGAUCUUAUUGCACGAAAGUUUAAGGAGAUUGUGUCAGCAAGGAAGCUGGGUGGUGUCAUGGCGUGGAGUUUGGCUCAAGAUAGCCAUGACUGGAGCCAUUCGAAAGCCGUGCAAGCUGGUGUGAAGGAACUUUGA